CAAAAGUCUCAACUGCAGCUCCACUCUCUCCUCUACUUCUCUCUCCCCUCACCACUCGCCGUAAACUAACCGACUCAUUAUCCUAUCCAUUCGCGCCCAACUCAAUUGCCUUGGGCAGUGUUCGCGGAGCUUGAAUCUCAAAUAUCACAUCUCAAUAAGCUUUGCGACUUUCCAGCUCUCACACAAGCUCAGUCAAAGCUCAAGCUCAAGCUCCCCACAAGCUCCCUCAAACUCGCAAAAUGGGCUGGUUCGACGGCGCCUCAGAAGUUGGGAGCUCCCAUCGCCACCACCACAGCAGCAGCCACCAUGAGCACCGCAAAUCCAGCAGCAGCGGAAAACACCACCGGCACUCGUCUCCGCGAGGGUCUGGGAUCUUUGGACUUGGGGACCCGAAGCACAAUGCCUCGCGGGGAAGCGGCAUCUUUGGGCUCGGUGAUCCGAAGCAUAAUUCGAGCCGCAGUAGUUUCUUUGGAUGGGCAGCAGGAGCCCAGCGGUCAUCAUCUUACUACAAACGGUCCCCUCGCUCGGGCUACAUGUCGCGCAUAUACUCCAAGCUGCGCCGCCUGUUGCGAGACCUGUUAUACUACCUCAAGAAACACCCGAUGAAAGUCUUCAUGCUUGUAAUAAUGCCUCUCAUAAGCGGAGGCGCAUUGGCAGGUCUAUUGGCGAAGUUCGGGAUCAGAUUACCGGGAGGCAUUGAGAAGAUGUUCGGUGCUGCGGCUGGUGGGAGUAUGGGUGGUGUUGGAAGGGGUCAUGGGGGACACAUGCAGUUUGAGAGAACGAAGGCUGAGGGGCCGCUGGGUGGGCUUGGGGAGGGGAUUGGGAGUGUAGUUGGAGGGCUAGGAGGCAUCGGGGGUGCAGUUAGUUUGGCCAAGAUGUUUAUGUGAGGUGAGGAUGUUAGUAUGAGUUGGACAAAUCAGUGUCGAAAGCGAAAAGAUGAGACAGGAUGAGAGAUGAGAUGAAUAAGACAUAAGAGAGAGAAUUUGGAGUUAGGAGUGUUGGAUACCAGGCGGAUAUUUCCUCUACAGAGUUCCUUUCGACCUUGUCAUGAAAAUUGUAGUAGAAACGGCCGUCAAUUUCAAUUUUCAAAGUUCUAUCAAUGAAGUUGCCGC